AUGAUUUCGUCCAAAUGGAUUGGGCUCACGGCCCUCCUUGCGGCAUCCCACUUUGCCCUGGUCGCUGCGAAGCCCAUCACAUCCCGUGAAACCUUGAAGCCCAAGGUCGAGGUCAGCUACGCCAAUGUAACGGGGCGUGUGAACGGAAACAUCCAGGAAUUCUUGGGCAUUCCCUUCGCCUCGGCCGGCCGCUUCGAGCAUUCGCAGCUCUACACCGAGCAGCUAGGUGACUUCGACGCCAGCGACUAUGGCCCCAUCUGCCCGCAAAAGACAACGGCCUCAAUUCUGACCACCGACUCAAACAGCAGUCUAGUCCUGGGCGAGCUGGGCACGCAAAUCGGCCCCGUCGUGGGUGCCCUCGCCGAUACGGUCUUCAACCUCAUCGGUCGAGCCCGCAGCGAGGACUGCCUCCUCAUCAACGUCCAGACACCCGUGGGCACAACCAAGGGCGACAAGCUGCCUGUGGUGAUUUGGAUCCACGGCGGCGGCUACGAGGUCGGCAGCCCCUUCACCGACACCAGCGAGACGGACGUGAUCCGCGGCGAGCUGCUCAACUACAAUGUCGGCGGCCUUGUCCGGACCUCUGUCGACCUGGGCCAGCCAAUCAUUGGCGUCUCGGCAAACUACCGCCUCAAUGCCUUUGGCUUCUCUGCGUCGCGGGAGAUGGAGGAAGCGGGGCUUCUCAACCUCGGUCUCGAGGACCAGCGAGUAGCGAUGCAGUGGGUGCAGGAGCACAUUGCUGACUUUGGCGGCGACCCUGACCAGGUCGUCAUCAUGGGUGAGUCGGCUGGCAGCUGGUCCGUCGUUGCACAUCUACUCUGGGACGAGGGCGAGGGCGCCACUGACUUGUUCCGCGGUGCCAUGGCCUUGUCUGGUGGUCCGGUCAUGGUUGAGAGUGCUGAGCGAGCUCAGCCUUUCUUUGAUCACAUGGUCGAGAGGACGGGAUGUGCAGGUGCAUCGGACAAGAUUGCUUGUCUGAAAGUUGCCGACUUUGAUGAUAUCAUGGCCUCCGUCAACGAAGAGGGAAUGCUCCUCGGGCCUCGUUCCCUUGCCUCGACGUGGACCCUUCGUCCCGAUGGGAAGCAUCUCAAGGACUCUCCCCACCGCCUCGCCGCAGCUGGCAAGAUGGCCUCGGUGCCACUGAUCACUGGCGACAUGCGCGACGAGGGUACCCUCUUCUCACUUCUCGCCCAGCUCGAGACUCUCUCAGACGAGGACUUUGCCAACUAUUUCCAAACAAUCUGGUGGCCUAAGGCUUCCGACGCGGACAUGGCCGGCCUCAUGAAGCUCUACCCCGCAGACAUCACCAAAGGCUCCCCCUUUGGCACAGGCAUCCUCAAUGCCGUCACGCCCAACUUCAAGCGCCUGGCCGCCGUGGUUGGCGACUUCAGCUUCCAGGCUCAGCGACGCAACCUUCUGGCACAUUACAACGUCUCAGAACAGACUGUGUGGAACUACGUCACCGACGUGAGCAUCCCGUCGGCGGGCCUGCUGCCUGACCUUGGCGUCCUGACGCACCUGCCCGUGCUGGGAUCAUUCCAUGCUUUCGACGUGUGGUUCUACAUGUUUGCCGGUCUGCCGUAUGCGUUGAGCAAGAAUACUCAGGCCUACCAGGCCACUGCCAUCUCCUUCAUUCGCACACUGGACCCAAACAACCAUGGUCUGGACUUUGCUGAGUGGCCCAGGUACUCUGAGGAGGGCUUGGAGACGUACAACUUCAAGGAGAGCGGACCUGGUGUGACCAGAGACGACUGGCGUGUUGAGGCUAUGCAGUAUAUCAACGAUCAUCCUGACUCUUUCUUGCUUUAA